CAUAAGUCAUUGGACGAAGGAGUCUUUUGGGCGGGGGAGUUUUGUUAAGAGCCAUGGCGCUCGGUUUUAACACGCAUCGCCUGCGGUCCGGUUUCGGAAGCACAAUCACGCUAUGUUUCAUAUCAGCGAGAAAUCAUUGAACGUUUAAAUUGAAACAAAGUUAUAGGGUUAGUGUUCCCACACGGCCAUAUCACAGCGCUUGUUUAUGGAAAACAAGACUGAAACAUACACCUGUGCUAUCUAACGUGCUCUGAACACCUGUGUGGAAGUGUAACUCGGGAAGUGUAGUUUCGGCAGAUUGUGGCACACAGCUGUAUUGAGGCUUUUUGAAGGAUUCUUUCACGCUGUUGAAAGAUAAGGGCCAUAUCGCAAAUUAUGAUUAUUGACGUUAAAACAAAGUUCACGUGAGCCAACAGCUGAAAACUAGGGAAAUAGCAGUUAGACCUAGUUUUCAAGAACUACAACAAAACAGCAACAAAAAACAGGAGGAAAGAGCCCCAGUAUUUGUUACGAGAAACACUGACAUCUCCUGGUAGAUAAUGGCAACGUAUCAAUAUUAAUGAAAUCAGUCUGCGCGGUUUAACAUGAAUUGAAGAUGAAUUACCAAAUGCUAACGUUACCAUUUUGACACUACAUUUAAGAUACCGCUUACAUUAUUAUUAUUAUUUGUUUUUUACUUUACAGAGAUGAAACGUAUAUAGGCAAUUUUUCAUUUGAGUGAGGCACAUGGGGAGAUAGGCAAAGGCAAUCUUUUACAAAGGCUAAUUUGUAACCACUAUUUUUGUGGUGCUGUUGUCGCUUCUCCAAGCCUUUUGAUCUAACCGCCGUACUAAAAGCAUGUUCGAUCCUCCCAUCCGUCAGAUUUCUGGCAAAUCAUAGAGCAGCCCCCAUGCAAGUGAGUUUUCGCUGAACAAGAAACUAGUUUUUUUUUGUCCACCAUGGCAAAGCAGUAUGACGUUUUGCUCAGGUUGCUACUUUUAGGAGAUUCCGGGGUUGGAAAGACCUGUUUGUUGUGCAGGUUCACGGAUAAUGAAUUCCAUUCGUCGCAUAUCUCUACACUUGGAGUGGAUUUCAAAAUGAAAACAUUAAAAAUAGAUGGCAUUAAAGUGCGCGUACAGAUCUGGGAUACUGCUGGCCAGGAACGGUACCAGACCAUCACCAAGCAGUACUACAGACGGGCACAGGGUUUUAUCCUGGUGUAUGACAUCACUAGUUCCCGUUCCUUUCAGCACAUUGUGAAGUGGGCUAGCGAUGUGGAUGAGUUUGCACUUGACAAGGUGCAGAGGAUCCUGGUGGGGAACAAGGCUGAUGAGGAGCAGAAGAGGAAAGUGCCUAAAGAACAAGGGAACAAGCUAGCAAAAACCUAUGGAAUGGAGUUCUUUGAGACAAGUGCCUGCACCAACUGCAACAUAAAUGAGUCGUUCACCCGGUUGACAGAGCUGGUCCUGCAUGCUCACAAGAAAGACAUGGAUGCCUUCCAGGGUUCAAUUAAUAAAUACCUAGACAUGACUUAUUUGGAGGGAGAGCAGGACAAAGAGGACAACUCCCAGAAGGCCUGCGCAUGUUAGCAUGAGGCAAAACUCUCAACCUGGGAGUGUUUGGAUAAAAUAUUUAGUUGUUUUUGCAAUACCUCUGGCCCUGUGACAUAAUGGCAAUGAAAUGAUGAUUAACUUAUUAAAUCUGUGAGGACAGUUGAGUCGGAAGUUUACAUACACCUUAGCCAAAUACAUUUAAAUUCAGUUUUUCACAAUUCCUGACAUUUAAUCGCAAGAAAAAAAUCCCUGUUUUAGGUCAGUUAGGACCACCACUUUAUUUUAAGAAUGAUUUAUUUAAGCUUUUAUUCCUUUCAUCACAUUCCCCGUGGGUCAGAAGUUUACAUACACUCAAUUAGUAUUUGGUAGCAUUGCCUUCCACAAGCUUCCCGCAAUAAGUUGGGUGAAUUUUGGCCCAUUCCUCCUGAGUCAGGUUUGUAGACCUUCUUGCUUGCACACGCUUUUUCAGUUCUGCCCACAAAUUUUCUAUAGGAUUGAGGUCAGGGCUUUGUGAUGGCCACUCCAAUACCUUGACUUUGUUGUCCUUAAGCCAUUUUGCCACAACUUUGGAAAUAUGCUUGGAGUCAUUGUCCAUUUGGAAGACCCAUUUGCGAUCAAGCUUUAACUUCCUGACUGAUGUCUUGAGAUGUUUCUUCAAUAUAUCCACAUAAUGGGGCCCUCCCGGGUGGCGCAGUGGUCUAAGGCACUGCAGUGAUAGCUGUCCCACCAGAGACUCUGGGUUCGAGCCCAGGCUCUGUCGCAGCCAGCCGCGACCGGGAGGACCAUGGGGCGGCGCACAAUUGGCCCAGCGUCGUCCAGGUUAGGGAGGGUUUGGCCGUUAGGGAUAUUCUUGUCUCAUCGCGGACUAGCGACUCCUGUGGCGGGCCGGGCACAGUGCACGCUGACCAGGUCGCUAGGUGUACGGUGUUUCCUCCGACACAUUGGUGCGGCUGGCUUCCGGGAGGAUGCAUGGCUCUCGACCUUUGCCUCCCCCGAGUCCGUACGGGAGUUGCAGUGAUGAGACAAGACUGUAAAUACUAACAAUUGGAUACCACAAAAUUGGGGAGAAAAAGUGGGUAAAAAAAUAUAUAUAUAAUUUCCCUAUAAAAUCAUGCCAUCUAUUUUGUGAGGUGCACCAGUCCCUCCUGCAGCAAAGCACCCCCACAACAUGAUGCUGCCACCCCCGUGCUUCACUGUGUUCUUCGGCUUGCAAGCCCCUUUUUCCUCCAAACAUAACGAUGGUCAUUAUGUCCAAACAGUUCUAUUUUUGUUUCAUCAGACCAGAGGACAUUUCUCCAAAAAGUAUGAUCUUCGUCCCCAUGUGCAGUUGCAAACCGUAUUCUGGCUUUUUAUGGCGGUUUGGAGCAGUACCUUUUUCCUUGCUGAGCGGCCUUUCAGGUUACAUCGAUAUAGGACUCGUUUUACUGUGGAUAUAGAUACUUUUGUACCUGUUUCCUCCAGCAUCUUCCAAGGUCCUUUGCUUUUGUUCUGGGAUUAAUUUGCACUUUUCGUACCAAGUACGUUAAUCUCUAGGAGACAGACCGUGUCUCCUUCCUGAGCGGUAUGACGGCUGUGUGGUCCCAUGGUGUUUAUACUUGCGUACUGUUGUUUGUACAGAUGAACGUGGUAGGCAAUUGGAAAUUGCUCCCAAGGAUGAACCGGACUUGUGGAGGUCUACAAUUUUUCUUCUGAGGUCUUGGCUGAUUUAUUUUGAUUUUCCAAUUAUGUCAAGCAAAGAGGCACUGAGUUUGAAGGUAGGCCUUGAAAUACAUCCACGGGUACACCUCCAAUUGACUCAAAUGAUGUCAAUUAGCCUAUCAGAAGCCUUUAAAGCCAUGACAUAAUUUUCUGCUGUUUAAAGGCACAGUCAAUUUAGUGUAUGUAAACUUCUGAUUCACUGGAAUUGUGAUACGGUGAAAUAAUCUGCCUGUAAACAAUUGUUGGAAGAAUUAUGUGUCAUGCGCAAAGUAGAUGUCCUAACUGACUUGCCAAAACUAUAGUUUGUUAACAAGAAAUUUGUGGAGUGGUUGAAAAACAAGUUUUAAUGACUCCAACAUAAGUGUAUGUACACUUCCGACUUCAACUGUAUGUUCGGUUUUUACUGACUGUUGCUCAGAUUCAUGCAUUUUAUACUUUUACUCACUGUUAAAUUUUCAUCUUCA